GGGCUGCAGUGCGCAGGCUUAGGCGAGCGCGGAGGCGCGGUCACCAUGGCGCUGCCGUAGCGGUGCAGGUGCCUGGGAUUCAGGAUGAGCGAGUCCGAGACGGACCGCUGGGCGUGGCUGCUGGUGCUGAGCUUCGUGUUCGGGUGCAACUUGCUGCGCAUCCUCCUGCCGUCCCUGUCCUCGUUUAUUUCCAGGGUGCUGCAGAAGGAUGCAGAGCAGGAGUCACAGAUGAGAGCAGAGAUCCAGGACAUGAAGCAGGAGCUGUCCACCGUCAACAUGAUGGAUGAGUUUGCCAGAUACGCCAGGCUGGAAAGGAAGAUCAACAAAAUGACGGACAAGCUCAAAACGCACGUGAAGGCACGGACAGCUCAGUUGGCCAAGAUCAAGUGGUUUAUAAGUGUUGCUUUCUACGUACUGCAAGCAGCGCUGAUGAUCUCGCUGAUUUGGAAGUAUUACUCCGUCCCUGUGGCCGUGGUGCCCAGCAAGUGGAUCACCCCUCUAGACCGCCUGGUAGCCUUUCCUACUCGAGUAGCAGGUGGAAUUGGAAUCACCUGUUGGAUUUUAGUCUGUAACAAAGUCGUGGCUAUUGUUCUCCACCCUUUCAGCUGAGGGGAAGGCCAGCUACACGUCUUUACAAAAGGAUUCUGAUAGGGUAAAGAACGGAUUGCACACAAGUCCACAGUUUCUUGUGUUUUAUGUUUUGCAAUAUUUGCUUUUGUGUGUCACCUGGGAUUCUUGUUGAAGUCAGGAUUUUCUACACCCGCCAUUGAGCCAGAAAGACCAGUUACGGCGCUCCCAUAUCGUCUGAUGUAGCUCUGGAUCUUACCAACUGGGAGCCACCAAGUGGCAUCUGCUGGUGCUUGUUUCUGGGCAUGGUUUGGCCUGUCGCCAGCUGCAAAGUCAGACUUGUAACAACUCCGUUAGUGCCGUUUUAAUUUUUAAACUUUUAAUUUUAGAAAAACCCACACUUUCGUACUACUACCAAACCUCCUUUUUAUCUCAGUUACUGAAAGUGACGCACACUAGUGGACGUACCUGUACUUGUCUCCUGAAAUGUCACACAUACAUGUGUGGAAAGUAUCGCCGUAUGUCUAAGCUUGUUCAUUUUUUGUAGUGCUUCCUACAUGUGUUCAUAGACUACGUGUAUUUUUAUUUAAAGCAUUUCAAAUGAAGUCUGUCUUUUAAAGCAUUGGGUAUUUAUGCUGUGCACAGCAGAAUAGGGUUAAGCAAGGUGUGGUCUCAUCUAGUUCAUCUGAGACUCCUUAGGCUCAUGAAGUAGCUGCAGCUCUCCUGAAAUUAUGUAGACCAGGCUUGUCUCAAACCUACAGGGAUCCACCUGCCUCUAUCUCCCAAAUGAUAGGAUUAAAGGUAUAUGCCGCUACUGUUUUUGUAUAUGCCGCCAAGACUGUUUUUGAAGCACUUUCCCUAGUUACAGUAUUUGCCAGUGCUAGUAUGACUGUCUAGUGUGACUGUCCCACCAGCCUUACAGCAGGAGCUGGGCUCACUGCCUAUGCUGCAGGCUGCGGUAUUUGUCUCUGGGGAACCGUAGCAUAGAAAAGCUCCCUGCCAGUACUGCAGUUCUCUGCACAGCUUGGCUGUCCUGGAAUCACUAUGUAGACCAGGCUGACCUGGAAUUUACAGGAAUCCUCUUGUCUCUGCCUCACAGCUGCUGGGAUUAAAGGUGUAGCACUGGGUUUGAAGGAUCAUAUUUAUAUUCCGGUGUUUCCUAAUGAUCUCCUAAGUAGCUCUUUGUUAUUCUGACUGUACUGUGAACAGGCCCAGUGUGCAGCCCUUGGGUUGGUUGUAAACUGAGUGCCACCAGAGCAGGCUUGAGAGUCCAUUGACUUAAACUCUGCAGAUAGAUCUACCUGGCACCAAGGUUACUUGGCUGUAUUUGUUGUGGGCACAAACGGAGCACAGGAGCAGGCAUCACCAACAUUGCCAGGAGGCCCCGCCCACUAGCUCCAGCAUGCGCACCACGAAGGAAGCACGUGGUCUACACAAGAUUAUCUUGGGACCCGAGGAGGUUGGCUGCAGAAUCUGGGUUCCCUCCAGGGAUUCAGCCCUCGGGGUGAGGGAGGGUGUGCGCUCUCCUCCCUUUUGCAGUGAGCCACAGUCUGUAAUGGCGCUUUUUGCCCACAUCAUUUAGGUAGCCUGGGUCAGCAGCCCAAGGCCACUUGGAAGGGCAGUCACAAGUGCCCAGACCAGAUGCCUCUCAAGAUCUCAGCUAACCUGAAGGAACCAGUGACUUAGUGUUCCCAUGUGUGUAAUGUGGAUGUCAGCACUUCCAUUGCAUAAUGUAUGGAAGACUGUUAGUGUUCCCAUGUGUGUAGUGUAUGUAACACCGCAAGUAGGGGACAUCUGUGUUUUUAUCCCCAAAUUGUAUUUGUUUAUUAAUGGUAAUAAACAUUGAGUUAAAAAGGGA